CAUAAAAAUUCUAAUUUUUUAAUUAUCAAAAACGUCUGAAAAUAUCACACUGAAUAACGUUUUCAAUUUUUUCCUAAAUUCAAAUGCAAAACUCAAUUCUGUCUUGUCAGCUGGCCAGCUGCCUCUUCACCGGAGUCAUGACUUAUCGGCUUGUUCUUCAUUCGAUCAGGAAACAUCCCCGCCUUUUCUUUCCCUCUCUUUCAACAUCUUCAAUCCUUGCCGGAAACCCACUUCACGAAUCUCCUUUACGUUCUUUCUCCACGCAGCAACAGAACUCCGACUCUCUUUUCCGUUUAACCCACAAGGAUUGGUUGGCGCCCAAUGAAGUUCUCAAAAUCUUCGAGACCCUUAGAGACCCCAACUCAGUCAUUUCGGUUCUUGAUCAAUAUUCAAAGCGCAGAGACUACAAACCCACUGAAGCCCUCUUCACCCUUGUCAUCAACAAACUCGCUCUUGCCCGGAAUUUCGACGCCAUUGAAGAUAUCAUGAAGAGGCUCAAGCUCGAAAAGCCUUUUCGUUUUUCCGAUGAUUUCUUCUACAACGUUAUCAAGAUUUAUGGGCAUUCAGCAGGUCGAAUCAAGAAGGCAAUUGAUACCCUUUUUGAAAUGCCAGAGUAUGGGUGUUGGCCAAGCGUCAAAACGUUUAAUUUUGUUCUGAAUUUACUUGUAUCAGGGAAAUUCUUCGAUUAUGUUCAUGAGAUAUAUGCAAGUGCUCCGAAGUUGGGUGUUGCGAUCGAUGCUUGUUGUCUGAAUAUUCUCAUUAAAGGGUUGUGUGAAAAUGGGAAAUUAGAGUCUGCAUAUUAUGUGCUCGACGAAUUUCCUAAACAAGGGUGUGUACCUAAUGUGAGGACCUUUUCGACGCUAAUGCAUGGUUUGUGUGGGCAAGGGAAAGUGGAGGAAGCAUUUAAGUUGUUGGAUAGGAUGGAAAAAGAAGGAAUUGAAGCAGACACAGUCACUUUCAAUAUUUUGAUUUCAGGGCUUAGAAAGCAAGGCAAGGUUGAUGAAGGGAUGCAGGUGUUGGAGAGGAUGAAGCAGAAGGGAUGUCAUCCAAGUGCAGGGUCCUAUCAAGAGGUUUUGUACGGUUUUCUUGAUGCACAGAGAUUUCUGGAUGCAAAAGACUUAAUAGAUACCAUGGUUUCUGAGGGGUUGAGUCCAAGUUUUGUGUCAUACAAGAAGUUAAUCCAUUGUCUUUGUGAUAAAAAGUUAUUAAGGGAGGUCGACUGGGCUGUGAAGCAGAUGGUGCAGCAGGGUUUCGUGCCUAAGAUGGGGAUGUGGUGUCAGAUUAUUCAAUGUGUUUUUUCAGAGAGAAGCACUGCUGAUUGCAUUUCUCUUGAAGAAAUUGUCAAUGGAUAGUUCCAUGGAUCAUAUAGCAUUUUGGACUAAUGAGGAUGUACUGCUGCCAUAUAUUGGGCGGAAACUUUGUUCCUUGGUGUUGCUGGUUGAGACUCUAGGACCUUAUCAUCUGAUCAAAAGUCUAAAAGGAGUAGUUUUUUAUAUGGAAUGUGACUGAAUCAAUAGCAACCUAGUCUCAACUCAUCGUACAACAUGUUGAGGGAAUUGUGAUCUCUGGUUUCAUUAAUUGUCUGAGAAGUGUUUGACACCAGAGAAGGAAGCACAAUGGUAAAAAUAAUGAAUUAUGAGGUUCACAUGAUGUUUACUCAAGAUAGCCUAAAAGGUAGUGUUUCAUGGUAGAUGCAGACGUGAAACUCAGUUUUUGGAAUAGCAGGAGUUACAAUGUCACAUAAAAUUAUAAUCUUACAAUCAUGGCUUAAUAUUGCAUGACUGCCUUCCUCAAACGGUAUCGUUUGCAACUGGAUUUUCUUGCGGGUCGCCUACAACAUCCAAUGGCGAAACAAAUCCGAAAAUCAAUCCCGGGAAACCUUCAUUUGUUUUUUGGCUUUUGUUUUUUCUUCUUCCUUUUCUCCUUCACGUUGGAUUCAGAUGCGUUUAAAAAUCCAUCUUACUGUAGUAACUGCCAAUGCUGUUUGCUCUUUCCCCUGUAUAAAUUCAGACCCAAGUUUCUCAUUUAAGAUUCUGGGUAAAGAUACCACAUAUACCACAGAAACAUCUUUUUUU